UUAGACUAUUCUUUGACCUCAAGGUUCUUUGGAGAAACAAACAUGUCUUCCAUGGAAGGUUUCAUUCCUGAUAGCCCUGGAUAGAUAACGUUUUAAAAUUAUAAUUAGUUUAGUUAUUGGGUCAUAAUAUAUCAAAAUGUGGAAGUUUAUUCACAGCAUUCCAAGGGCCUUUAGGCAAUAUGUACACAGCCCCCGUCCUUCUGCUGGUCUCUAUGUUGAAGAAGAACAGGAAGUUUUGGAAACUGCUGAAAAAUCAGACAAGUUUUGUCCAUUCACGUGGAUAACCAAAGGUUCAAAAGAUAGAAAUGCAGGGGAAAAACUUUCAUGUAGCUCAGAAGUGUUAAACAGUCUGUCUGUUGAGAAUGGAGAGUCUAGGAAAAAUAAAAGAUGUAAUCUCGGUGAAGGACAAUCUGAUAACAACACUGGAAGCAAGGAUAGGCGGGAAUGGUGGCAGUCUUGUCAGUAUGAUAUCUGGCGCCUCAUUCAAGGAUCACAUCGCAUGGCAGAAGCUGUGUCUUUGGGUUCAGCAGUACUUUGGGGAUCUGAGAUUGACAGAUUUCGUCGCAAGUCCCGCCUCCUACACAGAGUCCUGUUUGCAUUGCCUGGCAGUGGGGGCAGCACCAUCAGUUGCAUCAACUCAGCCAGUGCUAGAAUUGUGCCCAUUGCUACACCACAGGAAAGUCAGCUUUUGGCCAUUAAAGAUGCUGCUGGAUCUGCACAGGAUGCUGAGAUCAAUAAAACUAAAUCAGAGACUUUGGACUCAGCCCUCCAAGAGUUCCAGACUAUGUGCGAGGAAUACACAGCCUUCAAUGAGAGCAUUCUGGGACUGCAGGCUGUAAACCAGGGGGACAUGAGCACAGCUGUGGAACACCUGCGCAGAUCGUGCUUGUUAGGAAAUACUUCGGCCUGCUUCAAUCUUGGCCUAUGUUAUGAAACUGGUUCUGGGGUGUCUCAAGAUUUAGAAAAAGCAGAACAUUAUUACAACAUAGCUGCCAAAGCUGGUCACAGUAUGGCUUUGUUUAACCUAGGCUUAAUGUACCUAAAAGAGAAGGAAGAUGAUGAAGAAACUAGGGCUGUGUGGGCAUGGAAGAGAGAAGAAGGGAUAAACCUUUUAGACAAGGCAGCAAGACUUGGACUCCCUGAGGCUUUGCUGUACCUUGGCGUUCAUCAUAUCCAAGAAAAACAGGACCCGGUCAAGGCGGUGCCCUACUUCAAAGCAGCAGCAGAUCAGAAUGACACUGAAGCCCAGUACUUCUUAGCCAUGUGCUAUGAGCAGGGUUGGGGUGUUGAGGUCAACGAGUGCAAAGCUGCCCAUCUGUACUCUGUGGCUGCCAGUGCAGGUCAUGAAGCUGCUCUCUACAAUUUGGCUGUGUUUAAUGAAUACGGCCUUGGUGGAUUGCCUGAAGAUUCUGUUGCUGCUGUGAACUUGUAUGAAAAAUCUGCCCAGCUGGGAUAUGAACAAGCUAAACAUCGUUUAGAGGAAAUUUCAGAAGCUUCCAAGCCAAAACUCCCAGAUAAUACAGAAACCUUUCACCAACUGAAUAUAGAGCAAAUAGGUGACGCAACUACACAUCAUCACAGCUCUGUCUUGAGUCCAUCAGCAUCUUCACCCAACUUAUCUGACUACUUUCAUCGACAAGUUUCAUCAUUUUUCAGCUUCACUUCCACCGAAGGCAUGUGGGGGGAUAAAAAUAACCCAUCUUUUGGCUCUGACCUCCAAGAAAAUAAACCCAUUUUCCAUCUGGGGUCAUACAAUCAUGAAGAUUUACCUGAACCCUCGUUUGGUUCAAGGAAUUUGUAUGAAAAAAUAGAUAGAGAUGCCUUAUGCUCUAAAGAACUUCACAGAUCUCGAACUUAUCCCAGUAUAGCUCUUGCAGCUUUGUAAGACAUUCUGGCCUUUUGUAAUUAUAUGUACAGUUUUUUUUUUUUAAAAAGCAAUCAAUGAAAUAAUCAAUGCUGUUUUUGUCUAUCCAAAUACAUUUUUAAAUCACAUGAUUUAUAAUUUAAAAAAAAAUGCCAUUGUGUUCACGCAUGUCAUUGAUUGUUGGAUAAAUUAAAAUAACUCUUGAGAGUUUAUAGAUUGGUUCUUGUAAACAGGCAUUAUGGUAAUAGUAUAGUGCACAAACUAUUGAGUAUUAGGGUGUUAAAAUUGCUUUCCUAAUUACUAAAAUUUACAUGGAGGCCAGAUUGUGUUGUUUCCCUUUACUUGAGCCUUAUAUUUAUAAAACUGUAUCUGUGGGCUUAGCAGAUGGUUGUUUAAAUUGAGGCUGCACACAUUUUUUUGUUUUGGCCAGAAUAAUUUUAAUUCUGUUGAAUGUUGCUAAUUCAAAUCUUUAUUCACGUGUUAAAACCAAAGCUACAACUUUUGUGCAUGACAGAAUCAUCCACAUCAUUCCCCUAAGCACAAACUGUUAGCUUUCUUUCAUUCUUUUAUAUUUUUUUGUCAAAGAAUGUGAUACCGUUGAUCAGUUGUUUUAUGUUAAAAAUAUUUGCCUCUGCAGUCUAAUACCAAAUGAAUGUAAAUAUUUAAAGAUAUAUUUUUUCCGCUUUUAGUGAAAUAAGCAGAGUAGUAGAGUUUGUAUGAUCAAAAAUUAAAAUUCACUCAUUGAGUGA